AUGCAUGAUAUAUCUUCUUCCGGUUUCACUGCCUAUGGUCGUAGUUCUACCCCUCUUUCCGAGAUCAAAUACAUGCCCCAGCGCAACUGUCCCCUGCCACGACCGUGGAAUUCGAUAUCGGAAGUUCCUGACGGGGAGCACUGUCGCGACAUGUCUAUCGUCCCACCCGAACUCCGCAACAUCAUGAUCCAAUUUGCCUCAACUGGUCCGCACAUGGCUGAGGCAUGA